AUGUCUGAUCAAAUAAAGGAUGGGUCUGAUAAACAUCUUCAGGAAUCACCAGCAGUGCAGAAAGCAGCAGAUUAUUCUCCUCAAAACUGUCAUUCAGAAGUAGACCCACAAGAGGGCAGAGAGGAUCCAUGUGAAACUAGCCUAGAAGAUCGGACAUUAGGAACAGAGAAGAAAAAUGAGAAUCUUGUGUGGCUGGAUCCAGCGAGAGACUGGGAAGAUUCAGGGACCACCCCAAAAGAUGUACGAAAACCCGAUGCAGCAUUGGAUGGGUGUGAGCCCCAUACAAUUGAGGAAAAGAACAGAGAUCCUUCGGUAGCAACUCAGGAAAAAGAAGACAACAAAGAUCCUUUUGCUCUGGGCUCAGGAAUUUCCAAAGAAACUUUGCGGGAAUUGAAAAACCUACUGAGGGAAAGUCCACUCAUGAGUACCAGGGCCAGAAACAGUAGGAAAGUCAGUGGGACCUCUUUCCAUACACCUCUGAUGAAGUCUACUGAUAAGCAAGGCCAGUGUAUGGAAAUGUUUCAUCCACGUUUAAGGGGAGGUGACCAGAAAGUCCCUCCUAUUCACAGACAUGGAGGAGAGCAAGAAAGUAGGACACCAUUGGUUUAUAUCUCUGCUGGGAUGGAUGAGCAUCAAUCUCAGACUCAUGAUCUGAAGGAUCCUAAUAAGAAACACCAGACAUCUUUCCCAAAUGCAGACAGUGUUCCAGGACCUAGAAUUGAUGUCACAGUUGAAGAACAGAGCAAAGAACCUGAUGUAAAGAGCGUUGGCAAUCGUAUUCCUCUUCAGUUGAUCUCUGAAAUUGAGCACAUCAAAGAACAGAUGGCCAGAGACGACAUUCAUGUUGUCAGGUUUGAAGCAACAGACCUUCAUGGAGUGUCAAGAUCAAAGAGCAUCCCUUCUCGCUUUUUCCGGACCAAAGCAAUCCAUGGUGUCUCCAUGCCCAGAGGUUAUCUCGAGCUGACCCUGAAUCCUAUGAUUAGUGAAAUAAAACAGAUAACUGCAAGCAAUUUCAACUGUGACAUAAUCCUGAGUCCUGAUUUAUCAACUUUUCGGGCUUUACCAUGGGCUGAAGCAACUGCAAGGGUGAUAUGUGAUUCCUUUACUGUAAUGGGCAACCCUCUAUUGACUUCACCCAGGCACAUUGCCAAACGACAGCUGAUGCAGCUCCGAGACAGUGGGUUUGCUUUGUAUUCCAGCUUCACUUAUGAGUUCUGUAUUUAUGGCAUUGCCGAAAUUGUAAAUUCGAAGACAAUAUCUUUUCCUGCUGCAACCAUCCUAACUAACCACGACCAGUGUUUCAUCCAAGACCUCAUUGAUGGAAUGUAUCAUGCUGGGGCAAACAUUGAGAGCUUCUCCUCUUCUACAGGACCAGGGCAAAUGGAGAUCUCCCUCUACCCAGAGUUUGGCAUUGGGUCAGCUGACAAUGCCUUCACUUUCCGAACAGGCAUCAAGGAAGUGGCCAAAAAGUAUAACUACAUUGCCACCUUUUUCACCGAGAAUGGAUUUUGCAACUCAGGCAUCUUCUCUCAUAGUCUUUGGGACAACAAUGGGCAGGAUAAUUUGUUUUCUAUUGGUCCUGGAAGUCCAGAGUUCACUGACAUAGGAAAGAGCUGGUUUGCUGGACUACUGGUGCAUGCAGCAGCUCUCAGUUGCCUGAUGGCUCCAACCACUAGUUGUCGUAAACGCUACUAUGCAUAUAGCAAAGAUUCAAAGGACACUGUUGUUGUCAAAUGGGCAUGUAAUGAUAACAGCUGUGCGUUUAAUCUCAAAAGUCAUGGGGAAAGAGGACCUCGAAUAGAAAACAAGCUUGGCUCAGCAACAGCAAAUCCCUAUUUGGUGUUGUCAGCUACCAUUGCAGCAGGCCUGGAUGGCAUUAGGAGAAGGCUCAGCUUCCAAGAGGGUUCAGAAGAAACUGAGGGCUCUGCUUCUUUGAAACCAGCAACCAUUCCUCUAAAGAUGGAAGACGCUCUCAUUGCACUUCAGGAAGAUGAGUGUAUCAGGGAAGCCCUGGGUGACAACUUUGUCCGAUAUUUUGUUGCCAUGAAACAGUACGAGAUGGAAACAGAAGAAAUGGAUGUAGAAAGGAAUAAAUUUUUUGAGUAUUUUAUCUAG